AUGAGUGGUUUUAUGCCCGUCAACCCGCGCCCCAUGCUCCUGAACCUCGUGGGCAAGGACAUCCGCGUGCGUCUCAAGUGGGGCUACACCGAGUACACCGGCACCCUCAUCUCCGCCGACAGCUACAUGAACCUCCAGCUCGCCAACACCGAGGAGUUCAUCGACGGCAAGAGCACUGGCACUCUUGGCCAGGUCCUGUUUCGGCAAGUCAAACGAUACAGAGAUGAGCGGUUGAUUACGGCCUUGACUACUCGGGUGGCUGCAGGAUUUCAGGGUUUCAAGACCGGCAGGCGCUUUAGCGAGUCCAAGUUGGGCAGCCUCGGCGAGAUCAAAGAAGCACUUGACCAUGGAAAAGCUGGCCCUUCUACUAGCUGCCCUACCGGAACUGACCGGUCUUGCUAUGGUUCUCGUUCUGGCGAUACUACUUCUGGCACCCACUCUUCGGACUUGACCCCUACUGCCAAGCGCCAGCGCGAUGAUUGCGACGGAGAGGAGGCCGAGAACUCCGUUCCCGACGCGAAGCGCUACAAGGUCUCCCAGGAGUGA